AUGCCCGCACCGCUCAGGCGACAGGCGCAACAGCCAGGCCGCGCAGGCUGCCGACAGCCCACGCACGGGUCCGUGAAUCGCGCCCUCGUCCCGCCGUCCUGGACGCUGGGAUCAACACGCGCAGGCACACAGGGGCCAACCGACAGCUCCGUCAAGGGCGCCAGUGAAUCUCGGCCAGCUCGGCCAGCGGCAACGACGUGCGGGAUCUGCUCCGUCAGGGAUCUGCUCCGUCAUGGACGGCCGGCGCAGCCAGCAACAGCCGGUGUUUAUGUCUCGCGCCGCCACCGUCGGCUCGGCUCUCGGGUCAUUGCUCCGUUCUGCUCUGCGCAGCUUCUCCUCAUGGCCGUGGCGGGGAUGGCGGACUGGCUAGCCACCAGGGUUUUUGGACGCGACCGGUGGAGACGUGUUCAGCUUCCUGGUAAAGCGAGGCUGGGGAUGGAUGGAUUCGGCUGGCCGCGGAGGAUAACGAACGGCGUCUGA